AUGGAUGCCCAGAACCUCAUGGUCGUCAAGACACAACCGGGUGGACUUGCGUCCGAGUACAACCAGUCCACAUCAAGUGGCCAGGCCAUCCGAAUGGGCGAUCGAAUUUGGAAAGUAAAUGGGCAGACUGGAACUGCAGAUGAAUUGCUGACCAUGCUGGCAGCUGAAUCGAGGCUACAGCUGGAGAUUCAUCGCUGCCAGGAGAAAGAAUUUCACAUCGAAAAGAAAGGAAAGUCGCUGGGUCUCCAGCUGGCCGUCACUGAGAAGGCCUGCUGCCUAACGGUGGAGAAGAUCAGUGCCGCUGGAGUGGUUGCCGCGUUGAAUGAACACGCUGCUCCCGAUCGACAGAUUAGAGUUCAUGAUAAGAUCAUCUCUGUUGAUGGAGUCCGCGGACUUGCAGCUUGGCAGAGAAUCGACUCAGAGAGUCCUUGUGUAAGAAAGAUCACAAUGAGCGCAAUGUGUUUCAGUAACCCAAGGCACCUGAGUUGA